CUGGUGGUUACAGCAGGGCUUCCUCCAGUAGCUGUUGGAAAAUGGGAGAAUUGCUUCUCUUUGGCUUAUUACCCUACAGACAAGUGUAUUAAACUGAACAGAAAAUGUUUAAAGAAAACAAAAACAAAAUCUAGCAGUACAGAGUGGUAGCACGUGGGACACAUUUUGGGGUGAGGAGAGUAUAAAUCUUCUACUGAGUGAAAAAAUCUUUCUUAAAGUUACAUAUAGUCCAAGGAAAAAACCCCAAAUGUUUUUAUAUUUUGUUUGAGUAUAAAAUUAAGCAAGAAGUUUCCAUAAAAGCUUCGUGGCCGUCACCAUGUUCUGGAAGUUUGACUUGAACACCACGUCCCACGUCGACAAACUGUUGGAUAGGGAGGAUGUGACGCUGCGAGAGUUAAUGGAUGAAGAUGAUAUCCUGCAGGAGUGCAAGGCUCAGAACCAGAAGCUGCUGGGCUUCCUCUGCAGGCAGCGGUGUAUGGAGGAGCUAGUGAGCCUCAUUACACAGGACCCGCCCCUGGACAUGGAGGAGAAGGUCCGCUUCAAGUAUCCAAACACAGCCUGUGAGCUGCUGACUUGUGAUGUGCCGCAGAUCAACGACAGACUAGGAGGGGAUGAGACUCUGCUGAACCUUCUUUACGAUUUCUUGGACCACGAGCCGCCUCUCAAUCCUCUGCUCGCCAGUUUUUUCAGCAAGACCAUUGGUAAUCUCAUUGCAAGAAAAACUGAACAGGUGAUUCAGUUCUUGAAGAAGAAGGACGGGUUCAUCAGCCUGGUGUUGAAGCACAUCGGCACCUCGGCCCUCAUGGACCUGCUGCUGCGCCUCGUCAGCUGCGUGGAGCCGGCUGGGCUCCGGCAGGACGUCCUGCAUUGGCUUAAUGAAGAGAAGAUCAUCCAGAGACUCGUGGAAUUGAUCCAUCCGAGUCAGGAUGAAGAUAGACAGUCCAACGCCUCUCAGACCCUCUGUGACAUCAUCAGGCUGGGCAGAGAGCAGGGCGGUCAGCUGCAGGAGGCUCCGGAGCCCGACCCCCUCCUCACAGUGCUGGAGUCGCAGGAGUGCGUGGAGCAGCUUCUGAAGAACAUGUUUGACGGAGACCAGACUGAGAGCUGCCUCGUUAGUGGGACUCAGGUGUUACUUACCUUGUUGGAGACAAGGCGGGCUGGGACAGAGGGCUUGGUGGACUCCUUUUCUCAGGGACGGGAAGGGCUGUGUACCGUCAGCAGCAGUGUACUGCACGGCAUUGAGCCACGGCUGAAGGACUUCCACCAGCUUCUGCUCAGCCCGCCGAAGAAAACAGCAAUCCUGACCACCAUCGGCGUGCUGGAGGAGCCUCUGGGGAACGCCCGUCUGCACAGUGCCCGCCUCACAGCCGCGCUGCUGCACACAAACACACCCAGCAUCAACCAGGAGCUCUGCCGGCUCAACACCAUGGGUUUGCUGCUGGACCUGUUUUUUAAGUACACUUGGAAUAACUUCUUGCACUUCCAAGUGGAACUAUGCAUUGCCGCCAUCCUGUCCCACGCUGCCCGGGAGGACAGGGCAGAAGCCAGCGAACCGGAGAGCGGGGUGCAGCUUCUGCCCGGGAACGGGGGCCCAGACACCCCUCCGCCUGCCACCAGCCGCCCUGAGAGCACAAUGGUGACCCAUCUGUUCCAGAAGUGCUGCCUGGUCCAGAGGAUCCUGGAGGCCUGGGAAGCCAAUGAUCACGCUCAGGCAGCGGGCGGCAUGAGGCGCGGCAACAUGGGCCACCUUACCCGGAUCGCCAACGCGGUGGCGCAGAACCUGGAGAAGGGCCCCAUGCAGACCCACAUCAGCGACGUCAUCCGAGGGCUCCCUGCGGACUGCCGAGGGCGCUGGGAGAACUUUGUGGAGGAGACCCUGGCGGAGACCAACCGCAGGAACGCUGUGGACCUGGUAAGCACCCACCACCUUCACCCCUCGAGUGAGGAUGAGGACAUGGAGGGCGUUUUCCCUAAUGAGCUGUCCCUGCAGCAGGCUUUCUCCGAGUACCAGGUCCAGCAGAUGACGGCCACCUUCGUGGAUCAGUUUGGCUUCAACGACGAGGAGUUUGCUGACCAGGAUGACAGUGUCAAUGCUCCCUUUGAUAGGAUCGCGGAGAUCAACUUCAGCAUUGAUGCUGAUGAGGACAGUCCCAGCGCAGCUCUGUUUGAGGCCUGCUGCAGUGACCACAUCCAGCCCUUUGAUGAUGAGGAGGAGGAUGACAUCUGGGAGGACAAGGAGAUGCACUGCACUGCCCGGGUGACGGCCAGAGCCAGGUUUGGGGGUCCUCACACCUCAGAGAGCUGUUCCAAGAAUGGCCUGGAGCGUGGAGGCCAGGACAGGAAGGAGGGUUUGGAAGCAGACAAGGAUGCCGCUCGGGCAGGUGCCCCUCUGGCUUCUACCGAGAAGGAAGGUCCUCGCUUGGAGGGUGGCUCAGAAGCAGGCACCUCGUGGACGGUGUUUGACGAGCCAGUGAACUUGCCGGCACCGGCCCCGGGAGUGGCGGUGGAUGUGGGUUCCAACGUGUGGGCAGCCAGCACCCCCAGCUCCUCGGCUUUGGAGGAAAAAGGCUGGGCCAAGUUCACCGACUUCCAGCCUUUCUGCUGCUCCGAGUCGGGGCCUAGGUGCAGCUCCCCAGUGGACAUGGGCCACGGCGAUGCCCAGGAUGGCCCGAAGCAGGGCCCCGAGAGAGCCCUAGGCCCGGCUUCCCCAUGUGCCUGGAGCGCCUGUGUCACCAGGAAGGCCCCCUUGGUGGUCUCCGACCAUGGUGAGGACGAGCAGAAGAUGGCUGGUGCCUUGGAAGCUGUCAGUCUGGGUCCCAGCCGGGAGGCUCCCCUGCUGCCCGCAUCAGUCCCCAGGGCGGACACGCUGUCAGACCCCACCUCCCCCACGCCUGCAGAAGCAACCUUCGCCUCGGCCGUGGCUGUCCCCCCCGAGGCUGCCGUGGUGGCCAGCCCAGCACCGAGCAAGGCCAGCCCCGCCCCAGCCACCGUGGCAGGCUCCCCGGGGCCUGUGGUGGCCAUCAGCUCUGCGGCCCCAGCCACGUGCACGGUAGCCAUCCUGGGCACCGUGACGAAAGACAGGAAGAUGGACUCACCACCCCCUGCAGGAGCCGCCUUGAACGGCCCCGUGUGAUGCUGCUGCCGCCCAGCCACGGCGCGCCCUUAUCGAGAAAACUACCUGGUGAUGCAAUUUGUCUUUUUUAAUUUAAUUUAAUUUAAUUUUAAAAUAAAUGCUGCAUUGGUAGGGCUGCCAGUUGGAACCAGUCGGACAGCCCGGCUUGCGUCUCUCCUGCCUGACCCCAGCUCCGCGCACAGCAAUAAGGCCUCAGACGUGCGCUCUGCCGGCGGGAGCCGGGGGCCACGACCCCAAGACACCGUGCGCACGGAGGGCCGCGAUGGGCAUGGAUGCCAUGGGCUCCGAGUCUCAGUUUUUACGGAUUUUUUUUUUAAACAAACGCAGGAAAGAGCCACGUGUUUGCACUUUUGUGUCCAGCCACAGCAAAGGGUCUCCCUGGCUCUGGGGACAGAUGUGGGUCUGGAGGUGGACUGGCCAGACAGGGUCUUAGCUGCCCAGUGUCCCUGGGAGCUGGCCUUGAGCCAGGCUGCAAAAUUUGACUGCCUUAAAAUAAGAUCCUCACGGCCUGGUGGGGCAGUUGGGGCACCUGGCGGGGGCUGGCCAUGGGUGUGCAGGAUGGGGCGCAGGGGUGCGGAGACUGGCCUCAACGGUGCCACGUGGGGUGGGGUCUGCACCUGUUGGGGAGGGCAGGGCCAGGCCACGUUGUCCUGGAGGGGUCUGUAGGAUCAUUUUGUGUUGAGUCCAUUUUUAAUGUUCUGAUAAUCUGACAGGGCACCCAAGACCCCAACUCCCAAUAAAAGUUGUGUUAUUCUUACUGAUAAGCCUGUGUAUUGUUAAGCUGCAGGCCCUGGACCCCAGCCUGACCGGCGUGGCUGCAGCAGGGAGUCUCCAAACCGGAGCGAGUACUGAGCUGUUCUUUUUAAACAAGCUCUGCCUGGAGCUCGUGAGCCAGUGCUGUCCCCAGGGCCGUCCCGUCCUCACUGGCUGGGCAAGGGGGGCAGCCAGCAGGGCCUCCCUGGGCACUCAGGGCCAGGGGGUGGGUCUGCCCACUCCAACAGCCUUGGUCCUGCACUGACCUCACCCUGUGGCCCCUGCUUUGGUGACUUCUGACCUCCCUCCCGGGGACAGCCUCAUGGCUGCCUGGCCCCCGUGUGAAAUCAGGUGGGCAUAGGGCCCCAGGUGUGGAUUUCCUGGGCCUUGGGACCCUCAGUCCGAUAGCUGUCCGUGUGGCCCAGAGAGAACCGGGGGCUCUCCUCACGACUCACCUGACAUUACCUGUGGGUCUUGCCUGUGUCCACACCUGCUGCUGACCUCCCCCCGACAGGUGCCACCACCUGCUGGGCAUCCCCCGCACCCCACCUGGCCGGCUCAGGUGCAGGUGGGACUCACAUUUGUGUGGGAAAGGAGAGGGGUAACCCCACUGGCACCCAUCACGCCCCAGACAGAGGCCAGGGCAUGGAGAACGGUCAGGGCCUGAGGCAAGAUCCCAGGAAGGGGGAGGGGUGGGCAUUUGGAGCAAACUCCCCAGGACCCCCAGCCCCGACAUGUUGUAACCCGCUGCCCCUCAGGGAGCCCGCCCUCAUCAGCAUCUCCCUCCC